AUGCUCUAUAUACCUAUAGCUGUACGGUUUGUUUUAGACACAGAGACCUUGGCUUCUUCUGGAGUCCAUAUCGUCACCGGGUCUUCCGAUUACUGGAUCACAGUGUCCCCCACUUCUUCGUUAGGACAACAAGCAAAGCAAGUACUAAUCAAUACCCCAUACAUAAAUGGUUCUUCGGAUAUAGUCAAUUGGAUAGAUGUCACUUUGAACUACAAUGUAUUUCCUUAUUUGUCUACGUUUUUAGAGUCAUUUGCGAGAACCAAUGGGUUUGAGGUCACACCAACUCCUAGAGUCUCCUUUGUCAGUGGAUCAUGUCCCCUACUAUGUCAAAAAGUCCCUCUACACCGCUACAAGCAGUAUAAACCAGAUCCAGGAGUCGAAAAUGGUACCCCAUGUCAAGUGACACUGUGUCCCUUCAACUUGACAAACUCACUAUUAUUCUCCACCUACGUGGCCCACGGAUCCUUGACUACAAGGUUAGGAGACUCGUUAGGGUAUCUUUCGGACUUAAAGUACUUGGAAAAUAUGGUGGGGGGUGUAGUGGUUCAGACACCCGAUUCAAUUGAUAUUGGUGUUGUGGCUCAACAUAUUCGAAAGGUUAAUGGAGACGGGGAUUUGGUCGUGGUACUACUGUGGGGAAAAGUACUAGAGACUGUAGGUAUAGCUGAUGUCUUUAGUCGGAGUGGUCCAAAACGGCAUCUAGCCAGUGAUGAUAGUGCCACUAUUGUGGCAUGGCCUAAAUUCCCAGUGUUCCCAGUUCGAACCGUGCUGACGACGAAUGGACACUCAAGUUGGGGCUCAUGUGUGCUCCUUAAAAAUGACCUCCUAGUAACCAACACUCAUGUUCUCACACCAUAUCUAGAAGACCCUUUGGGUACAGUGCUCGUUAUAGAUUUACCUGAUGGUCCGUUAACCAUUCUGAACCAGAAGCAUGCCUUGGUGACCCCCAGUUCCUUGGUAGACAUCUCCACCAUUUCUCUUGCUGAAUCGGAUAUACUCAGGUUCACGGGGUUGGGGUAUUCUCCAGCACUGUAUCAACAACAACGACAACAACGAUCUCUUCCACCUAUAGUGGGGCAAAAUGUAGUUAGUGUUGGCUACGGACUUUAUCUUCUACCACAAUGGCAGUCUCCCGGAGUUUCGCAGGGUACACUUGAUCUUGUGUUCCGAUCAAGGUACAAUGCGAACACACCAUACAAGAUGCCCUCCCUAAUCAUCACCAGUGCUUCAUGUUGGAACGGGUCAAGCGGUGGCGGAUUGUUCAGAGACAACGAACUUGUAGGGAUAAUAUGUUCCAACGCCGAGGUUCGAGUAGAUGGCCGGCCCUUAGAAGAUGACGGCAAUGCUCCAGUAGAGAAGCUAACUCGAUUUGUGUUUGUAGUUCCUAUUGAAUUGGUGGAGUAUUUGAUCAGUGGUGGGUCGAUUGAAGAUGACGGUCCUUUGGUGAAAACAUGGAAGUUGGAUACGUUUCAUAAGGAUCGAAUCUUGGGAGAAACGAAGUUGUGA